GUACUAUUAAUUCGUGUGAACUUUUGUUAUUAUUUAAGUUGGUUGCCCGGCAAUUCCUUGAUUCAUUUGGUGAGAUUUUUAAUCCAACAUACUCAACACUACUUUUGUCCCCAAAAACAUGUUUUGUUGGUAAAGGAUAGUGACAUUGGUAAUAACCAAAUUAGUUGUCAAAUAUGCGAGUCUUCUGUUGCAGCUCCAUUUUAUGUAUGUCAUACAUGUAAAUACUAUGUUCACAAGUCUUGUGUAAUUAAGCAACUUAAUCACCCUUUUCAUCCUCGUCACCCUCUAUCUCUUAUCCGAAGAGGUACUUAUUGCGAUUCUUGUGGCCAAUACCACUAUAACAGUUUCAUGUUUAGUUGUGUUGAAUGUAAUUUUGAUUUGGAUGCGGAUUGUGCCUUGAUGUCAAACUCCAUAAUAACAUGUCCUGAAGGUCAAAAUUGCAUCCAACAUUCUACUCAUCCCCACUUGCUACUACUUGUUGAUACAACCGAUGCUAUUUACAAAAACAUUCAUGUUAGAUGCUUUGCAUGUCAAACUAAAGAUUCACCAUCAGAUGGUGGAGUUUAUUAUGGUUGCAAUAGAUGUGAGUAUUUUCUUCAUAAACAAUGCAUUGACCAACUCCCACAACAAAUGCAAACAUCCCUCCAUCCUAAUCACGGUUGUCUCUCUCUUCGUUUUAAAAGGUACUAUAUUGGUAAAUGUUUUCUUUGUAAAAACAAAGACCCCAGAGCCUUUUAUUUCCAAUGUCCUCAAUGUGAUUUUCAAUUGUGUAUGGAUUGCAAAGUUAUCAGAGUUUUAAAUUAUAAAUAUCAUGAGCAUCCUCUUUCCUUUGUCAAGAACAUGUCCUCUGCAUUUGAAAUUGAACAAUGCAAUGUUUACGACACUUGUUUUAAGACAUCAGUCAUGUCCAAUUCUAAAGAAUUCCAAAAAACUGAGUCCUUCAAAUUCUGGUGUUGUGAUUGUGAUUUCAAGCUUCAUUUAUUAUGUGGUCCACUACCUUCUACUAUAAAGCAUGAAAGUCAUGUGCACUCCUUACUUCUUGUUGAUUCCUUCAUUGAAGAUUGUUCUGGUGAAUAUUAUUGUGAUAUCUGUGAAACUGAAAGAAAUCCACGAAUUUGCGUAUACUAUUGUGGCGAGUGCAAAUAUAUUGCUCAUGUGCAUUGCGUGAUUUCUGAGAUUAUAAAUGUAUUGAAUGGGGACCUUAAAGAUGUGAAGCUAAAGGCCUUGGGAGAUGAUUUUUGGAAAUUAUCUGAAGAAACAGAUUAUGGUGGAUGGGCAGAGAUAGAGCAGGGCACAUCUCUUUUGACCUUGAAAGAUUUAAUACUUCAAUUCAGAGAAUAUGAUGAGCUAUCUUAUUUUAAAGGCUCUUUUACAUGGGAUGAGGAAAAUAAGGAAGAAAAAGAAGUGAGUAAAAUGACCACUCAACUAGAGACUGAUGAUGCAAAAAUUGACGAGGUUCUAACAUUCUCUAGUUUUACUGAAAAUGAGUUCAUGUCAUUUAUUUUUGAUGAGUUUCUUAAGAGCUAUAGCGAAAGGAAGAUGAAAAUAAAAGCUAGUGAUCUAGCACUGAAAACUAUUGAUUUUGAAGGUUAUUCCAUACCUUUAGAUUUGGUCCCUGUUUUUAAAAAUUUGCUUCACAAACAUGGAGAUAUUGGCAGUCGUAGCCGUUAUUCAAAGGCAUUCAAAAGCGUGUGCUAUUUCUUGAUAUGUAAAGUGAUGAAGGAGAUGCAUAUUACUUUGGUGAUAGACAUCACUAAAGAGCUUCUUAAAUAUUGGUAUCACCACAUCAAAUUUGUAGAGUGUCACACCAUCUUUGAACUGGGAUUUGUCAAGGCAAGUCUAGAGGAGAUCACGAGAGAUUUCUUCUAUCUCCAACUAAAGCAAAUGCUUGAAACUGAUAUCCGAACAAUAAUGAACAAAAGGAUAGCUCACAUACAAAAGAAGAUGGCUCACAUAGAAAAGAAGAUGGCAGAGUAUGAAAAAUUUUGUGAGUCAACUUCCAAAAUGAAGUUCAUGAAUGAGGGAUUCAACAAAGUGGAGCAACUUAAAUGGAAGAUGGCAGGCCAAGUGGGUAAUAAUAUUGAUAGCACAUCUUCAAAAUACUUCAAGUAGUUGUGGCACUCCCACCACCAAUUGUGACGUUGUUAUACAUCCUUUGCUCUUACCUAAGUAAGUUUACAACGUUGUGCGCUGGUGAGCUUCUCAUGGAUGCAUUGGGCUAAACUAAAACUUUUGUUGAAAGCCUGAUUGAGUUGUACCUUAAUGGAAACUAUACUUUUUGCUUCAUUGAAACAUUCCUCAAUUAUUAUUAUUUAUUUUUUUCGAUCUUGUGAAUUUUAGUAUGCGUGGGUGGAUCUUAUAAUUAUGAUUUAGUCGUAGAUGCCCUUGUCGAAUGGUCGUACAUGUUCCUCUUAAGACCAUUAGUGAGUUUGUUUUUGGGGAACUGCUCCUUCUGUGGUGAGUUGUAUUUUUGGAAUUAAAUGACAUUACAAUACUGAAUCUAUGACCUA